AUGUUGAUCGUUUCAGCUUUGUAUUUCACCAUUUAUUUUAUUUUAUUUGUGAUAGUGGCAUCUAUAGCAGCUUUAUUUGUUGGUCCAUUAAUGAUAAUCUCGUCGUUUUUUGCAAUGAACGUUGUUUUGUUCGGGUUUUUAAGUAACUUGUUUUAUCAAGGUGCACAGUUUAUCUACGAAAGAUUUGUGUUUAUUUUACAAAAUUUAUUAAAAAGGAUGGCUGAACAAAUCCCACCAAAUGGUGCUCAUAAGUUAUCAUCCUCUUCUCCAGCCGUUACCCAUUCAAAAGCUAACAUUCAAACAUAUACCGACAAUUUUAAUAGAAAAUUUACUACACUGUUUAAAUUUUUCAAAAAAGAUGCUACUUUAAAUGAUGAGGCAGUGAAUGAGCAAUAUUAUCCUACUCAACAGCCACAACCAUCGACAGUUAAUAUAGUCGAUGCAGAAGUUACGCCCGAUGUUGUCAAUGAUGUUACUAUCAUUCAUUAA